AUGGCCAACAACGACGGUAACAACAAUCCCGAUACAGAAAAUAAUUUUAUAGACCUCACAACCCAGGCUGGCGAUGAGGUCGGGGAAGAUACCAAUCAGCAAGUCACCAGUUUGGAGGGCCAGUUCGCAGGAAUAAAUAUUAUAGACCUCACUAGCCCAGAAGCUACCGAACCGAUCACCGGCUUGGGGAACAGGGUCGAAGAGGAGGUUAUUCGCACCGACACAUCGGAGAAUUUUAUCGACAGUCCAAGAAGAGUAUCCGACGUCGAAGUCCAGAAAAUCUCAGACAAGCAAAGAAGACCCCGAAAAUUCUCACAUACUGAACGGCGACGCUCUGAACCUGAAAACCCCGAACCAGAAUCCGAUAGCGACGAUUUCGAGAAAAUUACCAAGGCCAGAAACAACAAACCUGUUGAGAAAGUCAGCGAACCGUCAUCCGCGAGCCGUCGGACGGGCAAUAAGCUCAAAGCAAAGGAAGCAAAGGCUCAGCCCAAGCUUGAUUUGCUGGAGGUUCCGUACGACGCCCAACAGGGAGAGCUCAAUGAAGCACUGGUGAAUAAGCGUAAUAUCGGAUGGCUUGAUGAAUGA